ACUUGUUCCUCCUCAGGCAUCCUCUCCGCCUCUCUAGUGGAGUUGAGAGAUAGUUAUUCCCUCGGUUCCUCUCUCGUCCUCACCUGGGAAUAACAAACAGAAAGUUGUCGCACAGCUGCUGCUUGAUUAUCACACCUGGACGUGUCGGUGUGUGUGUCAAACAGGUGAGCCAGAGGCUAGCAGCAGAGCUCCCAAUGUCACGAGGAAACUGUGGAGCACUGAACACAAUAAACAGAAGUAUAUAUAAACAAGUGCUUUUUUCUUUUGAAGAUAACCUGUCUGUUUGAGGGCUCGUGAGUCAGCAAAGUGCUUUCAGAAACACAUAAUAAAGUCUAUUUCUCUCUCAGCUCUGGGGAGAGUGCUUCUCCCCCAGCCUGCCAUGGCCUCCCUGCCUGCUUCCUCCGUCCAGGCAUGACCGUCACCCCUAAAAAACACAGUGCUCAGCCUGGUUCCUCCUCUUUCAACGACACAAGUCCCAGAACCGGUCCCGUGCAGAUGGAUGAGGUUGAAGGCCUGCGGUUGAAGCUCACCCCUGAUGACUCUGUGUCGCUGGCUGAGCCCAUCAACCUAGAAGAUUCCCAUUAUGCUGUGCUGCGAGGCGAGUUGGAAUCCGACCACCAGAACCUGGAGGCGGAGUCGUGGAGCGUGGCGGUGGACCAGAACUAUCUGAAGGCCCUGAACAAAGAGGCUGUUAAGAGACAGGACGUCAUAUAUGAGUUGAUCCAGACGGAGAUGAAACAUGUACGCACCUUAAAGAUCCUUCUCCGCGUCUAUGUGCACGAAUUGAGGCAGUCUCUGCUGAUAGAGGAGGCCCGGCUGGAGCGUCUCUUCCCCGGGGUGGAAACCAUGCUCACCCUCCACCAGCACUUCCUGAACUGCCUCAAAGUGUGCCAAAACCAAAGUCAGGAGGAAGGAAGCCCAAACAACUACCAGAUCACACAGCUGGGGGAUAUUCUCAUCUCUCAGUUUUCAGGUGAACUGGGAGAAAGAAUGAUGGAGUGUUACAGUGUUUUCUGCGGCCAUCACAAUGAAACCAUCAGUUUCUACAAAGAGCAGCUGCAGAACAACAAGAAGCUGCAGAUCCUCAAUAGGAAAAUAGGUCAGCUGCCCCUGGUGCGACGGUUGGGAGUCCCUGAAUGUUUUCUGUUGGUGACUCAACGCAUCACAAAAUAUCCCGUCCUGGUGGAGCGAAUCAUACAGAACACUGAAGCUGACACCGACGAGUACAAGUCUCUGGUACAGGGUUUGGCGUUGAUCAAAGACACCAUCUCCCAGGUGAACGAUCAGGUCAGUGAUUACGAGAAAGCCGCUCGUCUGAGAGACAUCAGCCUGCGUCUGGAACCAAAAUCUCAGGGUCGGCUGAAGGACGGCCAGCUGCUCCGCAGGGAGGAUCUGCUCCAGGAUAACAGGACGCUGCUGCACGAAGGCGCCGUCACCUGGAAGUCCCCCGGUAGACAAAAAGACAUCCAUGCUGUGCUACUGUCAGACGUGAUCCUCCUCUUACAAGAGAAAGAUCAGAAGCUUGUGUUUGCUGCUUUGGACAACAAACCAGCAGUGAUCUCCCUUCAAAGGCUGAUUGUUAGGGAAGUGGCUCAUGAGGACAAAGCCAUGUACCUUAUCUGUGUAUCUGCGUGCACCACUAGCAUGCCAGAGCUGUACGAGAUCCACACGCCCUCCAGAGAGGAACGCAUCACAUGGACGACGCUGAUACGGGAAGCUGUGAACUGCUAUCCAGAAGAGGAGCAAUACCGUGAACUGACUGCUAGACUGCAACAGUUUCAAGAUAUUCUAAAGAUGAGGGAUGAGCAGAUAAAGCAAAGUCUGAUGGAAAAGCAGCAGAUCUUUGCUGCUCUCUACGAGACGAUGACUGAGCAGGAAACCCCCCACAAAGGGCUGCUGCUCCGAGGAGACGCCACCGACCUCCAGCAGGGGGCGACACUUCUGAAAGGAGCCAUCGAUGAGGUGGAAAACCUGCAGAACCUGCUCUUCUUAAGGAUAAAAGACCCAAACCUUCUUAUGGAUGAGAGUAAGACGCAGGGGGAGCAGCUCAGGAGGGCCGAGACCUUUGGAGUGGCUGAUAGUAAUCCUGCUGCAAGCGCCAUGAAAAAUGGAGAUGCAGCUGAGUGGCCUGGUGGCAGCGAGGGCAGUCCCACCACUAGUGACCCUCAGCUCCAGGAGGGUUACAGUUCUGAGAACGUGGAACAGUCUGCUGAUGACGACACACAGACGCCAGACUCCAGUUUAACCUCCAGUCAUUUCCCUGAGGCAGAGGUGUGUGACAGGGUGAUACUGCUCGGGCAGAGGCUGUACAGCUUAGAAGCAAUCAUCACCCAGCAGGACAGCCAGAUUGAGCUGCAGCAUGCUUUUCAGACCAAGAGCAAGCAGCCCGCCCGUCAUUACAACAGCAUGCUGCUCGAGCAGGAGAAGCAGCGCAACUUGGAGAAGCAGAAGGAGGAACUCGCCAACCUGCACAAGCUAAAGGCCCAGCAUCGAGAGGAGCAGCAGCGCUGGGAGAAGGAGAGGGAGCGGCAGAGGAUACAGAUCGAGUCUCUGGAGGGCCAGCUGCAGCAGAGGGAGGAGGACUGCCGAGAGUGGGAGAAGAAGCUCAAUGAUGAGAGGGCUGAGCUGGAGAGGCUGAAGGAAAGCUACCAGCAGGACCUGGAAAGACUGAGGGAGUCCACGAAAUCAGUAGACAAAGACAAGGAGCGUCUGAAUCAGGAGAGGGAGCGUCUAGAGCAGCUGCAGGAGAAAAUAAAGAAGUGCAUCCCAGGAAACUCUGACGAUUCACAAUACUGGAGUCUCUCCACUCUCUCCAGUCUCUCCAGUCUCCAGUCGUUCAGGGGAAGCAUCGUGAACGGAGGUGGGACCUUCACUCUAAAAUCCCGCGUCUUUCCCACCACCUCCAACUUCUCGGAAACUCCUCCAAAGGUCCCACCGCGCAGGGAGAGCAUCAGCCCCAUGCAGGCCAAACCCGAGCUGCCAGUCCACCUGAUCAGCACCACCAACCAGGUGCACAAAUCUCCGUCCAUGCAGCAGCAGAUCCCCACCAAGCUGGCUGCUCUGUCCAAGGGAAAGGAGAAAGGCCAUAAGUCGAAGAGGUCCCACCAGAGAACGCACAGUGCAGCCUCUAUAGACGUGAACCAGGUGCUGCCCAUCCGAGUGACUGGGAAAGAAGGAGGCAGUCUGAGAGCCCAAAGUAACAGAAGUCCUCAAAGAAUCUACCAGUCAGGUGCCUUCAACCCACCAGGAUCUGCCUUCAACCCACCAGGAUCUGCCUUCAACCCACCAGGAUCUGCCUUCAACCCACCAGGAUCUGCCUUCAACCCACCAGGAUCUGCCCGCAGUGUGAAAACAUCUCAGUCCUUCAGCACCUACAAGAGGAGCAGCGAGGCACCACCGCCAGUGCCGCCUCCUUUUCCCAAAGAUGUUCUCGAAGCGAGCAAAGAGAAGGUAAUAUUCCUUUAAUCAUAAACUACAGACUGGAGUUUGGAUGUCCAUCAUAAAGACUUAUACACAUGGAAAUACUGAUGGAGCUGUUAAAAGACAUUGGACAGGACUUCAUGACGUCCACGUGUGUUCAGCAUGAAGAGGACACUCACUAUUAUGCUUUUUUUAUCACUAUAAACCAGCUGUUUGAGUUCAGAUUAGCUGAACAUGAAAAAAAAGAAAAGAAAUACUGAUGGACAUGCUUUAUAAAUAUAUGUACAUUUGUUUUAGAGGUUCAAAAAAUGUAAAAAGCUCGGCCCAUUUGCACAUUGGGAAAGAUGAUAUUUGAAAUGAAGAUGUUAGGAAACCUUUUGUUGCCAAAGACUUUGCCAAAGUUCUUUUUUUUUUAAUCAUUUUUAUUUUAAAUGAAAGUAGGUUGUCUUUAACCAUUAGCACUCGUGUCUUAACUCUUCAGCUUUCUUUUUAAAUGAAUGAUGAAUACGAUGUCUGUUUAGAUAUGAGGUGCCAAGCACAAACGUUUUAUUUCUAAAUGAAUCAGAUAGAGGUGAAAUUUGUACUGUGGUCCUGCUCCUCAGUGCGUCUUGUAAUCAAAUCAUGAAUUAAUCGGGUAUGUGGAAGAAACUACAUUUUGGCUGUGAAGUUCUUGUUUGUAAAUACAGUCAGCUGUUUUGUACACUUCCUGACUGGAGACAGUGACAGUGGUUGUUUCAGUUUACAACCAGACAGCUGCUGGAAGCAUUUAUGAAAAUGUAAGAUAAUUAUUUCUGAGUGACAUUCGCUGUUAAAUAAUGUUCUGGCAUCAUUUUAACAUUUAACAUUAUGUUGAUGAUUGACCACUUGGUUCCAUUUAAGAUCACUUCCAAAUCCCAACUAAUGGGUCGUGGAAUAAAAAGAUGGUUGACGUGACA